CUUGUUGCUCCAACCGCCUCUGCUGUGUAUGCCUGCCAUCUGCCUCGUGGCAACGCCCCAAGGGGACCAUACAUGAACGGACUUGCUUGUCGCUUCGAGAGACCAAUCCCAGACUACCCAGCUACAGGCAGGCGCCUCCAGCCAGGUACCUCUAGCCAUACACAUACCCUGCCGCGACUCGAAUCACUGCGUGUCGGUCACAGAAUUAGAGCGUCUGGAUCGGUCUCUGCCAACAAUGCGCCUGACACCUGGCUCGCGGCUCGCCAUCCCACGAUUGCCCGGGACAGGGUUCUGUGGGCUCGGGGCGAGCUAUUAGCUUGGCUUCCAGGCGCACACCCGAGCAGCCUGGGUGUGCGGCGCGACAAGAUUGAGCUGGCCGUUGGGGGUUGCGCGUGUGGUGUGCUUGGCUCUGUUAGCCCGGCAGGAUUAUUGGAAGAGCCAGCCGCAAAUUCGUGCACCCAUAUCGAUCCCCUUGGGUUCCGACUCCAUGCCAAAAAGAAGCCCGUCAACUUUCCCUCCCUUUUCUCCCUUCUCCUACUAGCUCCCCGCUGGAUGCCUUGAAGAUAUAUUACUGUCUUGAACAUCUCGCGUCUCCUGCUUUUUGGCCCAUCUGAUCGCACUCGGACUGGGACAAGGUCGGAAGGUACUUUUAUCUGGUACCUACCUACUUAGGUGCCUGCCUAUCUACCAAGGUACCCAUCUGGCUAGCGUUGCCGCGAUUCCGCGUUUGCUCGAAGCACCGUCCGGGCGUGUUGCCUGCAACAGUCAGCCGAGCGACGCAAAACCCACGGCGUCAUGAGCUGGCCCUCAUCGCCAAGAUAGCACACAGAACCGGGAGCUGGCGAAAUCGCUACAGUCAUGCAGCCCGAGCCUCGAAGGAAGAAUCGAGGGUACCUCGGCGCUGAUAGCUCCGCCCUGAGCCCGCAGGAUCGUCAGGACCGGCGUGAACUGCGCUACCAGCUUGACCUCAACUCGUUCAACUUUAGGAUAUGGGUCAUCACCGCCUCGGGCUUCCUGACUGACAGCUACAACCUUUUUGCCACUAAUGUUAUUCUCGCGUCUAUACAAUUCGUUUACUUUCCCGACGGCCGUGACAAAGGUCUUAUCAUCAACCUGUGCACCCUCCUCGGCUCCGUUAUCGGCCAGCUCCUGUUCGGGUUUCUAGCAGAUUACUAUGGCCGAACUCGCCUAUACGGGAUCGAGCUCGUCCUCGUCAUUGUUUCCACCAUUGGUGUCGCCACCAGCAGUUUCGGCCAUGGCGACCUGGACUUUUUCGGUCUCUUCACCUGGUGGAGAUUUGUUAUGGGCAUAGGCAUAGGUGCCGAAUACCCAUUAUCGGCCUGCAUCACUUCGGAGUGGUCCAGCACCCAAUCCCGAGCCACCAUGCUGUCGGCCGUAUUCCUGAUGCAGCCUGUCGGCCAGGCGCUCGCUCAGCUGGUAGGCCUUGUGGUCCUCCUGGGGCAGAGUUCAAAUCACGAUAUCAAUGGCAAAAGAUGCGGGCUAGACGCCAAGUGGAACAAUGAGUGUCAGACUAGAAUCGAUGGCGUUUGGCGCAUCGUCAUCGGCAUUGGGGCUUUGCCAGCGUUGUUGGCCAUCAUCUUCCGAUUCUUCUUAUACGACUGCGGCCUAUACACGCUCGAGGUCAAAAACAAGCCCGGCGCUGCAUUCAGGGAUACACAAAGGAUAUACGGCGAACCUCCCAGUCAGUGGCCCGGCGCAUACCCUCCGAACGGCCUGCCCAUGAACGGGAUUGCCCAGCAGGGGCCGCCGCCCAUGGCCGGGGCGCACCGCCGUGCAACAUUGGGCCAGAUCGAGCAACCCAUGCCUGUCCAGUUCUCGCUUGAAGACCUACGAAACUUCUUCAUCCGGGACGGGAAUUGGUUUUAUUUGCUUGGGACCUCGAUGACAUGGUUUUUUCUCGACGUGAGCUUCUACGGAUUCUCGCUCGAUAACCGCAAGACUCUGUCGGACCUCUGGGCGACCGCGGAGGAGGCAGACCUCAACCCGUCGCUCCCCUGCUGGAACUCGUCGUUCUCGGGCGAUGGCGGCAGAUCUCUCGUCCCGGACUGGAAGCGCAACGGCGGCUUCCCAGUCUGGCAGACUAAUCUGAUGAGUCCCUGUAAAAGUAUCGACGAAGUUCUCAUCGAGCAGGCCACGCAGUACCUCGUCACCGUCUCUAUCCCCUCCAUCGCAGGUUCAGCCUGCUUCAUCUUCUUCGCCAACCGUUUCCAUCGCCGCCGCUGGCUUACAGCGUCGUUCUUCACCCUUGCCGUUCUUUUUCUCAUCACCGGCGGCGUCUACUAUGCCGUCAGCCACACACCGGCAGCUCCUGCCAACGUUGUCAUGGUUGCUCUGUGUCAUUUUGCCUUCAACUUUGGUGCAAACACCCUGACAUUUAUCAUACCUGCCGAGAUAUUCCCGACGACAUAUCGGUGCACCUGUCACGGAAUCGCCGCCGCGGCGGGCAAGCUUGGAUCCAUCGUUGCGGUGGGGGUCGUCUACAUAAUCAACCAUAACUACAAGUCCAAGACGCGACAGGGGCUGAUCUUCCUCCUCUUCGCUCCCUUCAUGGUCUUGGGCGCGCUGUACAGCUGGGCAUACCUCCCCGAGGUGCAGCGGGUCGUGGGUGGCCGACGCCUCGAGCCCAUGACCCUGGAGGAUCUUGGCGAGGGCCGAGCCAAGGCCCAGCAAGAGGGCCAGGUCAUCACGGUCCGGGACAAGAUUGACGACGUCAGAAGAAGGCGGCGUAAUAGGCGUUCACCUGGGUCCGUGAGCCAGUGAUUUGAUACGAGCAGGGGUCAAGAAGGGACAAGAUUUCUAUGCUGAUCUGACGUGCUAUUUCAGUAAUACAUCAUGGCUGAUGCCGAUUUGUGGCAUUAUUCUUGAUUUUGUGGUUGCAUGAAUUCGCGCCAAAGCUCACUCUGAAAGUCUACCGUGGACAUGCAGGAAAUACCGACAACAGGAUAAGAGAGAAGCAAGCAUGAAAAGGAGGCCACUCGAUGUGGCCAAAUCAGGCCAAUCUGAUGAAGAAGAAUACGCCCGCACCUUGACGCCGGUGAACUCGAUAUGGGAAUGUUUUACGGGUUACAGAUAUUGCAGCAACGUAACAAAAAAAAAUUGCGCCUCGCUCCAUGGUAUGAUGGCGAGACUUUUGUUGGUUUCACCUACCCGACUUGGUGGCGCCCGUGUCUAACCUCUUGGCGGCGGGUAGGGCGGGCUUCUUGA